GACUGACUUGGACUAGGGAUAGAACAACGGUCAGGACAAUAAGAAGACAAGAACAAAGCAUCGACAGAAGAAAGAGGAAAACAGGCUAACUGGAUACGGAACAGUCAUCGUCUUGAUCGGCUGAUCUGAUCACUUCAGUCAUCUUCAUCUUCUACUAUUCUUGGAGAUCCUUCUUUAUCUUCACUUCUCUCGCUUCUAUUUCUACUUCUGAUUUCAUCUUGACUUCCCUGUCUCUUCGGAGGACCUUACGUGCAAGACUUCUACAUCCUAAUCUCUCCUAACCUCUCCUACGCCAUCACGGACAUGCCAACUUCACGCGCGAUCGCAUCGACCCCACCAUGAGUUCCUCUCUAGAAGCAAAGAUAGUAGUCCUCGGCGCACAGGGCGUCGGCAAAACCUCCCUCGUCCACCGCUACGUCAAGAACGCUUUCACCCCAACCACAACCCCCUCCACCGUCGGCGCCUCCUUCAUCACCAAGCGCGUCCUCGACAGCGCCUCCGACACCCUCGUCCGUCUCCAGAUCUGGGACACCGCCGGCCAGGAGCGCUUCCGCAGCAUCUCGCGACUGUACUACCGCGGCGCCAACGCAUGCCUGCUAUGCUACGACAUCACCAACGAGCAGAGCUUCCAGGAGAUGACCGGCUGGCUGGUCGAGCUGAAGCGGAACCUCGACGACAGCGACGGCGGCGCCCCGCUCGUCAUCCAUGUUGUCGGUACGAAGUCGGAUAUCGUCGCGCUUGAUCCGACCUGUCGUCGGGUGCCGUUUGAGCGCACGAUCGCUUACGUCGCGGACCAGCUGUAUCCGUCGCGCGCGUCGACUCCGCCUCCGUCGGCGGGUGUCUUCUCGUCGAGCGCCUCGUUGGGUAUGAUGGGUAGUGCUGGCACUGGCGGCGGGGACAGUAAGCGGAGUAGUGGGUUCUGGGGCCAGGAUAUCGGGUGGGAUUGUUGCCAUGAGAUCAGUGCUAAGGAUGGGGAGGGCAUCGAGGAGGUCUUCCGGGUUAUUACGCGCAAGCUGGUCGAGCAGCAGAGGUAUCGGAGGGAUAUGGGUCCGGGUGGUUCUGGUGGGGGUUCCGCUGCGGGGUCUUUGGGUUCGAUGGGUGGUGGUGCAGAUGGGUCUGCGGGGUGGGGUGGGCAUCUCACUCAUGGGGUUGGGAGCGGGACGAGCGAUGGCCAUGGGAGCUUUAGGCUGGGGUAUGCGGAUAAGAGACGUACUUGGUUGGGGUUUCCACCGAGUAGUGUGGGGGAUGAGGCGGGGGAGGAAGUCGAGAUUGUGAAGCCGAAGGGGAGGUGUUGUUGA